AGUACUUCAUGGCAAUCUGUUUCCGGAACUCACUAAACACACAUACACACACACGUGUGAGUAAAGCUGGCAUUACACGCUGUUGGUACUCUUCUGAAUCUCACAAGACAUAGAGCCAGUUUCAAGCUUCGAUUCCUAAGGAAGUGUCUGCAAGUGUUUGGCAACUGGGAGACAAGGAGUGUUAACCACAUCCACAGCUCUCUUCAUCAGUUGGUCCUGAUGGCUGACCCAGAGCCCGUGCCGGUUCCUGCUCAGGUCAGAGAAAAGAGGGGCUGUCCUGAAGAUGAAGACAAAGAAACACCGUCAAAGAAACUCAGAGUUGAGAAGGAUAACAAGAAUGGAGGCCCUCCCCACCCAGACGAGGAGGAAGAGCCUGAGGGCGGAGCCAGUGAUGGAGAAGAGCAGGGUGAGACCUUUGCUGAUAUGAUGAAGCAUGGACUCACUGAACUGGAUGUAGGCAUCCUCAAGUAUGUCAGUGACCAUGAGGGCUUCUCAGGAAUCCUGAAGGAAAGAUAUUCUGAUUUUGUGGUACAUGAAAUCAACAAACAAGGCAAGAUAGUGCAUUUAGAUGACCUCUCCAUCCCUGCAGAGGCUGAAGAAGUCCCAGAGGUUGAAGAGCAGCCAAAAGACUAUGAUGUGCUGACAGAAGAGCAGAAGAAGCAGCUUGGGGAGCUUCAGCUCUUCAAGAAUAAGGAGACUGAAGUCUCUAUCGAGGUGGUCGACGAUACAAAGGAGAAGCGUACGCUGGUCCACAAAGCCAUCAAGACUCAGUUUCCUGGUCUGGAGACGAAGACAGAAGAGAAGGAAGGACGCAAGUUCAUAGUGGCGUACCAUGCUGCUGGGAAGAAAGCUCUGGCAGAGGUCAAAGCAACUACAGCUCCAAGGAAACACUUCUGGCCUAAAAAACGUGGCAGUUUCUGCCACUUUGCCCUGUACAAAGAGAACAAGGACACCAUGGACGCUAUCAAUGUGCUGUCAAAGUUCCUCAGGCUUAGGCCCAACAUGUUUUCGUACAUGGGAACCAAGGACAAGAGAGCCAUCACCGUGCAGGAGAUAGCAGUGCUCAAGAUCACAGCAGAGAGGUUGGCUCACCUCAACAAGUGCCUCAUGAACCUCAAGCUGGGAAACUUUUGCUACAAAAACCACCCUCUAAAGCUGGGGGAGCUGCAGGGGAACCACUUCACCAUAGUCAUCAGGAACAUCUCAGGUACAGAUGAGCAGGUCCAACAGGCCCUGACAUCCCUCAGGCAGACAGGAUUUAUUAACUACUACGGCAUGCAGCGAUUUGGCACCACAGCUGUUCCUACACAACAGGUUGGCAGGGCGAUCUUGAGAAAUGACUGGAAGGAGGUGGUGGAUUUAAUUCUGAAGCCUCGUCCAGGAGCGGAGAAAGAAUUCCUGGUGCGCUGCAGGGAGGAGUGGGCGAAGACUCAGGACCCCGAGGCAGCCCUGAAAAAGCUGCCCAACAAGCGCUGUGUGGAGGGGCAGCUGCUGAGAGGCCUGUCCAUGUACGGCAAGAAGGAUAUCGUCACUGCUUUUGGACUGAUCCCUCGUAACAACCGUCUGAUGUACAUCCACAGCUACCAGAGCGUGGUGUGGAACACCAUGGUGAGCCGCAGAAUCGAAGCCUUCGGCCUCAAGGCUGUGGAGGGAGACCUGAUGCUCAAAGGAACCGCAGCACACGUGCUGUCUGCAGAGGAGGCUGAGAGUCACUCCAUCCAUGACAUUGUGAUGCCACUUCCUGGGUUUGAUGUCAUCUACCCUACACAUCAUGUGGGUAAAGGGUACAGAGAGCUGCUCACUGCAGACGGUUUGGACAUCGACAACAUGAGACACAAAGUGAAGGACUACUCCCUGGCCGGAGCCUACAGACGAGUCCUCAUCAGACCCAGUGAUGUCAGCUGGGAGGUAAUUCAGUACGACGACCCGAAGAUCUCUCUGGUGCAUAGCGAUUUUGAGAAACUGGAGAAUAAACCUGCCCCUGUCUUCAACACAGAGGGGAAGUAUCGAGCUCUGCGGAUGGAGUUCUCCCUUCCUCCCUCCACCUACGCGACCAUGGCAAUCAGAGAGGUCCUGAAGCUGGACACGAGCAUCAAGAAACAAACACAGCUCAACACAACCUGGUUCAACUGACACCUCCAACACAUUCUGGUGUCUAACAGAGUGCUGCUGCAGGCUGUGUCGCGCCUGUGUCCACUGUGGCUACUUACUGUUGUGAGUGUUUAGUGUGUUGCUGUAGGUGUGUGUUUGUGCGAGAGAGCAGUUUCGGUUCUGUGUGAACCAAAAAUCAUUUCUUUGAAGUACAAAGAGCAACGAUUGACUAUUACUGAACUUUUUCUUUUUAUGUUUUAAUGCUUUUACCUGCUCUUAUGUAUUUUUAUGCUGCAAUGACUCACUCAGCAUAUUUUGUCAAUGAUUUAAGUCAGUGGUUCCCAAACCUUUUCUUCCAUCCCCCCCUUUGACAGAUGAAAAUAGUUUCAAGCCGGCCCCCCACCCCCACCCCUCACCAUACACAUCAACA